AUGGAGUUUCGCCCUGAGAAUGAACUGCUUCCCCAUCUUAUCGAUCAUUUUGCUCGUGUGAAACGCAAUCAGAUCUAUGCCGAGUACCCCAAAUCGCCUGUACGCCAUGGAGAAGGUUACCGCCCGAUCACCUACCGCCAGUUUGCAAACGUCAUCAAUGGCCUUGCUUCAUGGCUGACGGAGACGUUUGGACCUGGCAAUGGUGAGAUCCUCGCUUAUUUCGGUGCCAAUGAUGUGCGGUAUCCUGCAUUGGUACUGGGGGCUGUCAAGGCUGGAUACUGCAUCUUUCUGACGUCGCCGCGGAACAGUAUUGCCGCUCAUGAAAGUCUGCUAAGGCAUCUCGAUUGCUCAAAAUUUCUAUCCUCAGCCCCACGACCACCGCCUGUUACAGCAGUGGUGGAUGCAUUGCAGCUGGAAGCUUUCGAUGUACCCGAUGUUGAGGACUUGCUCUCAAAAGAAUACCCGCAUUUCGAGUUCAACAAAACGUAUCCCAAGGAUGCCGGUGACAAGAUGGUCGUCGUGCACACAUCUGGCUCGACUGGCCUCCCAAAGCCGGUUAUUUGGACACUCGAGACUGCAAAUACCCACAUGCGGAUGGUGGCAUUGAAUCACGUCGAUGGACACGACGACCAACACGGCUGGCUGAAAGGGAAAAGACAAUUCCUCGCCCUGCCGCCCUUUCACGCAGCAGGCUUGGCCAGUGUACUCUUCUUCAACGCCCCCCUCGACAUGACUAUCAUUGUGCCAUCGGGAGCUGGGCUUCCCACAGCCUCUGCCAUGGUCGAGGCGCGGAAACAGACUCCUUUCGAGACCGCUUUACUGGUGCCGUCAAUUCUAAAUGAGCUAGUCGAGAGCCCGGAUCUCUUGGACUAUUGCAGCAAAAAUAUGGAGUACCUCAUGUACGCGGGUGGUGAUCUGCCACAAGCUAUAGGGGACAAGGUUGCAGCGAAGAUCCAACUGGCCAACCAGUACGGAGCAACCGAGAUGGGCUUCUUGAGUCUUAUUCACUGUACAUCCAAUCGUGACCCCCUUAAGGACUGGAGAUGGAUGCAUUUCCACCCGGAUCUGGGCGUCGAGCUUCGACAAGUCACGGAAGAUGAAUAUGAACUGUGGAUGGCUCGUUCGCCGGAGAAAGAGGCACAUCAGUUUGCGUUCGCUGUAUUUCCUCAUUUACAAGAGUAUUCCACGCGAGACCUAUUUGUCCGACAUCCAGACAAAAACAAAGCAGAUCUUUGGCGCUGGAGUUCUCGUGCAGAUGAUGUGAUUGUCUUUUUGAACGGCGAGAAGACAAACCCUGUGUCGACGGAGCAGCACGUUACUUCCGCCAACACCGAGAUAACUGGCGCUUUAGUCGUUGGUGCUCAGCGAUUUCAAGCAUCGCUUCUGGUGGAACUUGGUGAUAAGGCACUGGACCCCAGCGAGCGAGCGGCGGCUAUAGAAAAGAUUUGGCCCAGCAUCGAAGAGACAAACCGGGUUUGUCCCGCCCACGCCCGAAUUACCAAAACACAUAUACUGUUCACAAAGCCUGAGAAACCAAUGCUUCGCGCUGGUAAAGGCACAGUUCAGCGAGCUGGUACUAUCGGACUCUACGCCAAGGAGUUGGACGCGUUGUGCGCGGAUGCAGAUAAGCUGGCAGCCCAGUUACAGAUAUUUGGACCUGGGCGCGUGGACAAUGUGCAACAAGUAUCCGACUUUAUACGAGUGACUUUGGCAUCGGUUACUGGCUGGAGUACCGAACAAGUCAGCGGCGCCGAGAACUUCUUCAAUCUCGGUCUGGAUUCCCUUCAGGUCAUCACAGCUGCCCGAUCAUUCAAGCAUGGUCUUGAUCUUCCGUCUUUCACUCCAAAUCUGAUAUAUCUCUAUCCAUCGCUGGAGAGCCUUACAAAAGCCAUUCUACAGCUCAUGCGGGAUGAGAAGACCUCGGACCGGGCAUUGAGAGAGGAACAGCUAAGGGAGAGAGACGACCUUCUGAGGGAAUUUGAAUCCCAGGUUGGCAAUCUAGCCAAAAGCCCCAAGGAAGCUCAGACCAGGGUUACCGAAGAUAAUAACCAGCUCCAUACUGUGAUACUAACAGGUUCAACGGGUAGCCUGGGCACGUAUCUAUUGGACGCUCUCCUGAAGAAUCCAUCAGUCGGGUACGUUCAUUGCCUAAACCGCAGGAAAGAUGCCUCAGAUAUCCAACGCCAAAAAAGCAAAUUCUACAAUUUGACUUCACCGUUAGACUCUUCCAGAGUCACAUUCUGGCAUACAGAUCUGUCUCAAAAGGACCUCGGACUAACACCCGACUCUUUUAAGCGGCUACAGAACACUGCAACUGUCAUCAUCCACAACGCCUGGAACGUAAACUUCAAUCUCUCUCUAUCAUCCUUCAAACCCGAUCUACGGGGCAUGGUGAACCUAAUCGACUUCACAGCCUCCGCCUCAAAACUGCCACACCUCUUCUUCAUAUCCUCCAUCAGUUCCGUCAUGAACCAUCUUACUGAAUUCCAACUCACGCCCGAAGCCACCGUGACUUCAUCACAACCAGCACCAAAUGGCUACGCAAACAGCAAAUACAUUGCCGAAAAACUUCUAGACAACGCAGAGCGAACAAACUUGAUUCGGACCUCAUUCGCCCGAGUCGGACAAGUCGCUGGCGCCGUUAAAACACCCGGCCUCUGGAACAAGGCCGAAUGGUUCCCGAGCCUAGUGAUGAGUUCGUUACAAGUAGGCGCCAUACCGGCCAGUAUAGGCCCAGCACUAAAUCGAGUUGACUGGGUGCCAAUCGACCUGUUGGCAGAAGUACUCGUGGAUCUUUCACUUAGCCAACCCUCCGAAGGCUGCAAGGUCUUCCAUCCUCUCAAUACGCAUCUGACAACAUGGGAGGAAAUUAUCGCAGUUGUGCUGGAUGUUCUAAAUAAACCUUCGGGUAAAUCGAUUGAGAGAGUGCCAAUCUCAGAAUGGAUUCAGCGAGUACGUCGUGAUAUUGAGACUGGGUCGGACCAAACCGACCUGCAGGUCUUGCUGGAAAAGAAUCCGGCUGCUAAGCUUCUUGACUUUUUUGAAGAGAUUGAGUCUGCUGGUGGUAAUAAUCAUUUGGAUACAAAGCAGACUGCUAAAGCGAGUGAAAGAUUGAGGGAUAUCCCUGGCAUUAGGCCGGAAUGGAUUCAGAAGUGGAUUGGAGAGUGGAUGGAGUCAGUUUAUUAA